AUUGGGAAAGUCUUUUCACUCUCUCUUUCGGCAUCAAGGCAAACGCAGCUUUCGCUCCAACUUGGCCAUUUUUUACUGUAUAGUUCUUGCUUAGAAAAAAACUAUUUUUCCAAAAUGACUGAUACCAACGCUAUUCCAAUGUAUACGCCAUUCUUUGGUGUGAUGGGUGCUACAGCAGCUAUGGUUUUUAGCGCCUUGGGAGCCGCUUAUGGUACCGCAAAAUCAGGUACUGGUAUCGCUGCCAUGUCUGUUAUGAGGCCCGAAUUAAUUAUGAAGUCCAUCAUUCCCGUAGUUAUGGCUGGUAUCAUUGCCAUCUAUGGUCUUGUAGUAGCUGUUUUAAUCGCCAACAGAAUCAAGCCAACCGAAUAUACCUUGUUUAUGAGUUUUGUCGAUCUUGGUGCCGGCCUAAGUGUUGGUCUUAGUGGUUUGGCUGCUGGUUUCGCUAUCGGUAUUGUAGGUGAUGCUGGUGUCCGUGGUACUGCCCAACAGCCACGUCUUUUCGUCGGUAUGAUCUUGAUCCUCAUCUUUGCCGAAGUAUUGGGUCUUUACGGUUUGAUCGUAGCUCUGAUCAUGUCAACCAAGUCUGGUUAAAUGAAUGUUUAAUCCUUAUUUCAUGCUUAUUAUUAUGGCGACAUCAACAAGAGAAAAAGUUUAUGUGCAAAAUAGAAUACAAUGUUCUGGUUACGUCAAGAACCAUUCCAGAAAAAACAUUUGUCACCACACAUGUAUACAGUAAAGGAAUAAUUAUGAUUACAUCAGACAUGUUAUAUUAGACAAAAAGCUGACAAGAUGGUUUACAGGCUUUAUUUAAUAUUGAUUUACUUCAGAGCUACAUAGAUAUACUCCCAAUAUCGUUUCAUUCAUAAUUAGAACAAAUUUGUUACAUUGUUAUCAAUACUUUUAAUAGUAGGCUUUAUAAUCUAAGUGACAUAACCAUUUGCUUUGGAAUAAGUUAUUAUUUGCUUAGUGUUCAGUUAUAAUCUUGUUGUAGAAACGUUUUAAAACUCGCUGGUGGAUCGUCUGCCACAUUUGUAGGUGACUUGCUCUGUUAUUGGGCUAUAUUUCUACGGUUAAAUUUAGCCAAACUAUUUAGCUUCAUUUAGCUUAUGCUGAAAUUUUAAUAAACUGUAUCC